UGCGAGUUGAGGGACGAGCUGUGGUUCAUCGAAUUCGGUCGCGGGGCAGCGCUGCCGUUGACCCCGGAGGAGGCACCGGCGGAUGGGGAACCGGUGGUGCCUUGUGCCCAGGGACGCAUCGUCGUGGAGACCGCGAGACCGGCGCCGCCACAUUUUGCUACCUGUUCCAGAUAUCGAAGGCCGCUUCUCAGUCGCACGUCGAACGAGGUGUCGGUCAGCGACGGAACGGUACCAUCGUCGAGCGGCACAGAGCAGAGCCUGCAGGAACAACAGCAACAGCAGCAGACACAGCAGACGAGUGGCGGCAAAGGCGCUGUCAGCAAGAGCACAACCGCGCCACAGAGUCCCGCCACGAGACCGGAGGACCUCGGCGUGACACCCUGGUACCUGGAGGAUCAUCCGACGGUCGACACCUCUCCGGGGCCGGUGGGCGAUCGGAGCUCGUACCCCUCGUACUCGUACACCGAUGGCAGGGAUGGCAGAUCGGAUCUAAAUUCAACGAGGAACAGCAGCAUUGAGAGUGAAUUCCCCAAGCCAUCGAUACCGGUGCCGCGGAAAGCUUGCAUGGAUCUGAAAACUGCGAUGGCACUGCUGGAUGAAACUUGCCCGAAUGUGGAACCCAGUCCGUCUCUUACCCCGAGAACACCGAGAACGCCGCUCACGCCGUACGCGACGCGCAGCAAGCGGGCUCGCUCCAAAAGCAGCGAUAAUUCAUCGAAUUACAGUAACGAUCGGCUGAGCGACCGCUCGUUCGAGACAAACGUCAAGGAGAAAGACAAGGAAAAGAAAAGGCCAUUCCUCAGAAAGAUCGGUAUUUCGAAGACGGAGGACCGGCCGUUCCUGGCGAAGCUUACACCGAGAAUCAUCGGCAAGCCUUACCUCGAGAAGAUCGGGCCUAGUAAAGCAGUCGAGAGACCGUUCCUGGACAAGAUCGGCUCGUCCAAGACUCUGGACAAAUUCACUUUUGACACGCCGCGCAACGAACGUAAAAACGAAAUUAGAAGAACGAACGACGUGGUGAAGAAUUACGACGGAAAGAAUAACAUUAGGCAUGAGCUCGAGCAGACCGUCAUUAAGGAGGACGUUGAGAACGCUAUUGAAACGCUGGACGUAACGCCCGUUAUUUCCCGUGAAGAAGAAGAAGAGCCACGCAAGCUUGCGGAGAUGCAAACUCAACAAACUGCGACGACAACCUUCGAGAGAAGACGUUCGGGCAAAGAGUUUUUGCUGAAAAUGUAUUCCUUCGAGACGGAGGACUUGGAGUCCACUGUGCCAUCGAAGGAACGAAACGCGUUACACAACAUGUCUCUGGACGACGUCUUGGAUUCAGGCCCGAGCUCGUUGCCAACGGAUAACAGCGACGAACGAACGGAUUCGCGACCGGAGUUGACGAAGCGACCGACCAGCGUGACCACCGAAUUGUUGAAGUGCCGAGUGACGACAAGUGAGGAGAUCAUAUCCUCCUCCACCACGUGCUUGAACUCGCCAGGCGAAACAACCAACAGCUGGAACAACUCACCGCGGAGAGGACAACGAAUGAAGAAGGACUCGGCCACUAUGAUGCGUCGCAGAAUUUUUCAGGAUUCCCACGAGGUCGUUCGUAGCGACGACAGCACGCCGAAUUCACCCACCAAGAGACCCAUCUCGAACGUCUCUCCUGAUCGCGAAAUCGAGUCUAGAAACAACGUUCAGGAAAGAGGAAAAACGUUUUCUCCGACGAAGACCAGAAAAUCGAUCAUCGAGGAAAUCAGGACGGUCGAAAACACGCGCAGGUCAAUCAAGUACAAUCAGUUCGAAAGGCGGGGCAUCUCCUCGGAUAAUCUCCUGGCGAAGGACGCUCUUUCAUUCGUCGCUGCCUCUCGGAAUAUGAACGACAGUAUUGGGAAAACGCGAGAAAUCUCAUCAGAGGACUCGCUGGCGAUUCGUCGAGAGUACACGAGAGAAACGUUCAAGCAACUGCAGGACAAAUUUAAGCUGCAGGAGAUACCUACGGAAAGUUACGCAGCUUUCAAACGGCGCACUCGAGCAGCUCAGGGAGCGAUAAGUCGACAAGAAAGACUGAAUCUUUUACCAGGGGAUCUCGAUCUAACUACGUCGGCGAAAAGCACACCUAAAACAGAAGACAUUACAUUGGUUGAUACAAACGCGAACGAAACAACUGCCAUUGAUAAGCGAGAACAGAGCCAAGAGGGCACGGUGAGAUCCAUUCUGAGAAAGCAGGAGGGUAUCGAUCAUUCUGAUCAGGAAUCAGACACGAACGCGUCCAUUAGACGGCCAAAGAGGCGGAUCUUUCAUGAGCCAUCGCAGGAGACUAUGGAUCUCUUGACGGAACUGCGCAAGGUGAAGAGCUUGUUGAAGGCUCCGUCCUGGGAAAAGGAUCUGGAUCUCGAUCAGAAGCCGGUGCGAAUGCCAAAACGUAUUUUGCUAACGGACAAAGAAUUCUGCCUCUCGGUGGAACGGGAGAACAGCGUGCGUCGUCCAUCAAGGAUGAUUAACUCACUGGAGACUACAGUGGAGAAUAAAGGUAUGCCGACUCGGGAGGAUAAAGAGAGCGGAGAAAACAGCGAGAUCAUUAAGACCAAUCAGAAAUCAUCCGGGCCAGCUCUGUUCGAGAAGCGGUGUCUGUCGUUGGACUACGCCGACGAGGAGAAGCCUCAGAAGCCAGAAGCUAGAGCGAUCUCUUUGGCAUCUACGAGGGACCUACCGUCCGAAACCGAGGAGACCGACGAUUAUCCCGACAUGACGUUAAUUUGCGAUUCCAAGAGCUAUUCCUCGAGCGUCUUCAAUUCUCCGUCCGAGGAGAUCAACAAGAAGGAUUCGAUUGACGAGUUAGCUGACAAGGAACUAUCGAAAAAAUCCAGCCAGAAUCAUUGUGCCGAGGUGGACAUUGCCAUUCCCAUCGAUCAGAGGAUCAAGAAUUCCAGAGAAGAUGUCCAAGGACGGACUAGCGAUCUCUACGAGAUCAUAUCGCCCCGGUCAACGCCGUUCCGCGUUAAGAAGCGACUCGGCAAAAUCUCCGUUGAGGAGACCGUCAAGCCAGAGAAUUUCACCCUCGGGUCCAAGGUCGACUGCCGAUCAGUCGUUGCCCAGAAACGAACCAAGUGCUUCCCCUUAUAACGCACGUCGAUCUGCCUGUGGGCGAGAUUCUCUUUGGCACUGACUCGUGUUCGUACCGUAAGAAGAUGCUCAAAUAAUAUUGCAUUUCGGCUUAAUCCUUUCGAUACCAUGUUAAACAUAUGCAUCGUAUUGAAUGCAUAACUUUUAAUAAUAUCUCAUUUAAUAAAAAAAAAA